AGUGGCAGAGAAUCUCAGGACAGAGGUGAGUUUGGGCAUCAUGGCUUCCACACUCGUGCUCCUGCUUCAACUGCUCCUGGUCUCACUGGCGUCUGCAUCACAUCACUUUGGGGGAACUGCGACCUACACCUACAAAGGAAGAAACCCUGAUGGAACAUUUAGGGUGGACCUUCGCAACAGGGCAACCUUCGAUGGGUGUCAGCACUCCCACUACUGGUCUUGUUACAAUGGCAACUGUGGCUAUGAUGCCAGAAAUCAGAGAGGCAUACUUGACAGAAGCACCAAUGCACCACAAUAUAACAGCCAAUGGUGUGAAACUGAAACAGUCAGUACAAGAAAUGUCCCCAGUGACAGACCUUUUGAAAUGAAUGCAGCUAGCUGUUGUUGGAUCCCAACGCGUAACUCGGUUGUUUAUUGGAGACUGCUGACUCAUGUGGAUUUGGGAACACGAUCUGACACUGGAAAACCAAACCAAUCACCAGACAUUGCCAUUCUACCUUUCCUACGAGUUCCUCAGAACUGCCCACGGACAUACAAGCUGAUGUCCUUUGAUCCUGAUGGUGACAAAGUUCGAUGCAGAUAUGGAAAUAUCAUAGGUACAGAGUGCAGCUCGUGCAGCCAACCUUUAGGCUUCCACUUGGAUCAGGGCUCUUGCACAUUACACUACCAAAACUCCUAUGCCGACCCCAGCGUUUAUGGAUUUGAGAUGGUGGUGGAGGACUUCCCGCGAGGGCACAUCUCUCUGGCUUACACUGACGGAUCCCAGUCCUCCAGGGCUCCACUGACUGAGAGGAGAAGGAGACAAGCGACAACCACAACCACAACCACAGCACCGUGGUGGUGGUGGUACAGUACAACUACAGCACCAACCACAACUUCAGCACCAUGGUGGUGGUACAGUACAACUACAGCACCAACCACAACCACAGCACCAACCACAAACCCAUGGUGGUGGUGGUGGUAUAGUCCAACUACAACUGCCGCACCAUACACAACCACAGCACCAACCACACCCGAUACAACAACAACCACAGCACCGUGGUGGUGGUGGUACAGUACAACUACAGCACCAACCACAACCACACCCGGCACAACUACAACCACAGCACCAACCACAACCACAGCACUAUGGUGGUGGUGGGAUAGUACAACUACAGCACAAACCACAACCACAGCACCAUGGUGGUGGUGGUUCAGUACAACCCCAGCACCAACCACAACCACACCCGGUACAACUACAACCACAGCACCAACCACAACCACAGCACCAUGGUGGUGGUGGGAUAGUACAACUACAGCACAAACCACAACCACAGCAACAACCACACCCGGUACAACUACAACCACAGCACCAACCACAACCGCAGCAACAACCACACCCGGUACAACUACAACCACAGCACCAACCACAACCACAGCACCAUGGUGGUGGUGGGAUAGUACAACUACAGCACAAACCACAACCACAGCACCAUGGUGGUGGUGGUACAGUACAACUACAGCACCAACCACAACCGCAGCAACAACCACACCCGGUACAACUACAACCACAGCAACAACCACACCCAGUACAACUACAACCACAGCACCAACCACAACCACAGCACCAUGGUGGUGGUGGGAUAGUACAACUACAGCACAAACCACAACUGCAGCAACAACCACUCUCGGUACAACUACAACCACAGCACCAACCACAACCACAGCAACAACCACACCCGGUACAACUACAACCACAGCACCAACCACAACCACAGCACCAUGGUGGUGGUGGGAUAGUACAACUACAGCACAAACCACAACUGCAGUAACAACCACUCUCGGUACAACUACAACCACAGCACCAACCACAACCACAGCAACAACCACACCCGGUACAACUACAACCACAGCACCAACCACAACCACAGCACCAUGGUGGUGGUGGGAUAGUACAACUACAGCACAAACCACAACCACAGCACCAUGGUGGUGGCAUAGUACAACUACAGCACAAACCACAACCACAGCACCAUGGUGGUGGUGGUACAGUACAACCACAGCACCAACCACAACCCCAUGGUGGUGGUGGUACAGUACAACUACAACUGCAGCACCAACCACAACUGCAGCAACAACCACACCCAGUACAACUACAACCACAGCACCAACCACAACCACAGCACCAACCACAACCCCAUGGUGGUGGUGGCAUAGUACAACUACUCAAGAAACUACAACUACCCCACCGUACGAUAGCACCCCGAGACACCUGCAUGCCACCACUCCUCCUCUCAGUAAACUACCUUUGCAUUUCUCUUUACUUGUGGACCCACCUGUUCCCUCAUGUCAGGAGGGACACUACUUGCCUAAGUUUGUGCACCCAACACCUGAAAAUGGAGCACGCAUCCAAGCAGAGGUCAACAAAGAAAUGGAGAUCAGAGUCAAAGCACAAGCUACAUACUCAACAAUACAGGAUAUCAUCAUCAGUGGGCCACUGAAUAUCAGCAAGCACAGGACCACACAUGACGAGUUUGUCAUUAGGUGGACGCCUACUCCAGAUGACCUGGGAGAUCAUUACCCCAUCUGCUUUGCUGUCGAGUCAGUGACAGGGUCCGCUGUACCCACUGUUCAAAUCACACAGCCUUACCAUUACCACCCCAACCCAUCUUCACAGUCUGGCAUCUAUCAGUCCGAGAUGAGGUGUGUUCUGCUGGACAUCGGGAAGGAGAAAGUUAAAUCCAAUGUGAUCUGCACUCAGUCUUCAAUGACAGUAGAGGUUGAUAAAACUUCAUUCUCUGGACUCCAUGAGGAUCAUUUGCGGCUCAAUGACCCCACCAACACCGCCUGCAGCCUCCAGACACACUCCAACAGCACCCACAUCAUCGCUGUCAUCCCCCUAAACGCUUGUGGCACUCAGAUCGAGGAGGAUGAUGACAACCUGAUUUUCAAGAAUGAAAUCACCACGGUCGACAACACCGAAGACCUGAUCACCAGGAAACAUCUGCUGGAAGUGCAAUUCUACUGUCAGUACCCCAAACGGGGAAACCUGACACUGGGCUUCACAGCACACAGGAAGAACGUCAAAGUGUGGGAGAGAGGCUUCGGCACGUUCACGUACCAGUUUGAGUUCUAUCCUAACGACGAAUUCCAAACCAUGAUUGAUCCAAAUUCAUACCCUCUGGAGUAUGAUAUAGGGAACAGGAUUUACAUGCAGCUAGAGGCCACCUCUUCAGUCAACAACACCGAGCUGUUUGUGGAGUCCUGCAGAGCUGCACCAUAUGACAAUCCAAACUACAGUCCAACCUACUCCAUCAUUGAAAAUGGGUGUAAAGUGGACUCGACUGUUGAAAUCUAUUCUCCCGCCCACAAGACACAAUUCCAGUUCAGCAUGGAGGCCUUCAAGUUCAUCGGCUUGCAUGACCAGGUGUACAUCAGCUGUUCAGUCCUGAUGUGUGAAGCAGGGGACCCCAACACCAGGUGCUCACAGGGAUGCAUCAACUCCCCAUGGCCAGCCGGUCACCACCAUCACCACCGAAAGAGAGAGGCUGUCACCCAGAGUUCAAGGCACCUUGUUUCCCAGGGUCCUCUGCGCAUAAGGAGGUCAGCUGAGAGCACCGGAAGCCCAGUGAUGAACCUGAAUCUGAACCUGGUAUUCAUCGCUGGUUGUCUUCUUGCAGCUGUUGGCAUGAUCAGUGCAGUGGCCAUGUACAAAGCCAAAGUGUCAAGGGUCAAAUACCAACCUUUGCCUGCGUUUGAAAAUUAAGACAGCAGCGUGUGCAGAAUACCAAUUCUGUAUUCAUUACAUUUGAAUAUCUAAAGUUAUUUUGAUUAUUUUUGCUAUCAGAUAUUGCAUGUUCAUGUAUGAAUUUUUCAUUUUAGAAAUGUCUACAGCAAGUUUUAUAUUAAACACUGAAAGGAUGAUCAGCUACUACUACUGCAGCAGCUGGAUGAUUGUUCACUUGUGGUGUUUACCGUUGUGGUUCUAUUAUUACGUAUCACACUAUGAUUUAAAACAAGUAUCUUGAUUGAUGUGAGUUGUCCUAUUCAAUCAUAAUCAUUCCUAAGUCAAAUACCAUAAUUACACAUCAGAAGCCCUUUAUGGCUAGUCAGUUUUGAUACACUUGCUUAAUGGAUCAAUAAAAACAUAUAUUCUCUUA